AUGGAGAAGGUAAAAAGCAUGAAAGUGGUUAACGCUGGCAAUCGUCAUGGUGAUGAUUUAAAGGCAAUGGUCGUGGAAAUUGUUAGGGUAAUCGUAAUAGCAAUGGUAAUGGUAAUGAAAAUGGGUAAUGGUAAUUGUAAUGGUAAUGUUGAUAGUAAUGGCAAUGGUAAUGUUAUUGAUAAUGGUAAUGGAAAUGGCAAUGGUAGAGCAAUUGUUAUGGUAAUCAUGGUGGGUGGUAACGGUAAUAGUUAUGGUAAUGGUAAUGGUAAUAGUAAUGGUAGUGGUAGUCGUUAUGGUUAUUGUUAUCAUUAUGGUUAUGGCCCUCUGUAUGGCUACGAUUAUGGUUAUAGUUAUGGUUAUGACCUUUUUUAUGGUUACGCUUAUGGUUAUGGCUAUGGUUAUGACUAUGAUUAUGGUUGGGGUUAUGGUUAUAGUUAUGGUUAUGGCCAUUGUCACGGUUAUGGUUUUGGUUGUGGUAGUCGUUGUGGCUAUGACAAAGGUCACAGUUAUGCUUAA